UUUUGUAAAAAGAAACAUCCAUUCAAGCAUUUCCACAUGCACCCUCCUGCCGUAUUUCAUUUAUAAGUGAGUUAUGUUGUUCAGCCCCUUGCCUCUCAUUGGAAACUUGAGUCUAAAUAACAGGGAUUUGAAGUCCCCAACAUGCCAACCAGCAGUGUGUGUGAGAGUUUGAUAACUUGUACAACAAACAUCUUUAGGCAAGCAUCAUGACCAGCAGCAUGGAUUUUUGCGGCACCUGGAAGGUUUAUUCUGAGGAAAACCUUGAGGGUUUCUUAAAAGUCAUGGGUGCACCUGAAAUGAUUAUCAAAAUGCGAAAGGAUGUCAAACCGGUGUUGGUGAUUGAGCGGAAGGGCUCAGACUUCACCUACACCAUGAAGACUCCCCUUGGCACCAGAGUUCACUCAUUCAGGCUCGGCAAGGAGUCCGAGAUGACCGUGGCGGAUGGAAGGAAGUUUAAGUGCACUGUCAGAGAGGAGAAUGGGAAGCUGAUCGCUGAAGCUGAAAAGUUCACUGCUGUCCGAGAGCUCCAAGGAGGCGACAUGGUGGAAACUAUCACUGCUGGCGAUGUAACUUUCAUCUGCAGAAGCAAACGAGCCUGAUCCAGGCCUGAAGCUGAAGCUACUUUAAGCAGGGAACCAU